UUCACAGUGUUGUAUCCAUUACUCCAUCUAGUUCUGAACAUGUUUAUCUCCCUGAAAGGAAACCCUGUACCCACUGAGCAUUCACGGUCUAUCCCUCCAUGCCACCCCACCCCAUAAACCCUGGCAACCACUGGCCUGCUUUCUGUGUCUAUGGAUUUAAUUACCUUGGAUGUCUCAUAUUCCAUCUUUCCCACAGGACUACUGGUUCUGGGAGCUCGUGUGACAACCCUGAUGAUCAAAGUGUCCACAGGCUUGAACCUUUUUAUUCCCAUCUUCAUGAUCCUCUUUGGCUUCAUUAGGGGAGAUCUGCACAACUGGCAGCUCACAGAACAGGACUACAGAUCGAACACAUCUGGAUCCAGCAGCACCUUUAGCUUGGGCCCUCUGGGUUCUGGAGGGUUUGUGCCCUUUGGCUUUGAAGGGAUUCUCCAAGGAGCAGCUCUACUUUUCAUCUCCUAUUUUGGUGUUUAUGGCAUGGUCACUGCAGGGAAACUAGCCCCAAAUCCUCAGCGUUCUGUCCCCUUGAGCAUGGUGAUCUCCAUCUUCAUUGGCUUUCUGGCGUACUCUGGAGUCUCAGCGGCGCUCACCCUCAUGGUGCCCUACUACCAGAUUCACCCUUACAGCCCCUUACCACAGGCUUUCCUCCAGGUCGGAUGGGACCCGGCUGCAUAUGUCAUGGCUGGUGUCUUACUGUGUACCCUUUUAUACAGCUUCCUAUGGGCCACGUUCUCCAUGUCUCAGUUGAUCUAUGCAAUGGCAGCUGAUGGGCUCCUUUUCCAAGUUCUUGCCCGGAUCCACACCCAUACAGGCACCCCCAUCAUGGCCAUCUUGGCUUCUGGAACUCUUACAGGUGAAUAAAGGAAGGCUUUUUUUUUUUUUUUAAAGAAUUAUAUUUAUUUGUUUAAUCAGUUGAUGAUUGGUUUACAAUAUUGGUUUGAUAUGUCAUACAUCAAGAUGAAUAAGUAUGAUAAAUAUGAAUUUAUUUGAAUAUGAAGAUUAAUAUGAAGAAUAUG